UGGUUCAGUGUUGAGACAUACACAGUGGUAAACACACACAGCAGUAUAGUAGAGUUAUAUAGGAGCUGCCACAUUCCUUGAUUAAGCUAAGAUCUUCUGCUUUUAUUUACACACACUUAUACUUCUGCCAGGCCAGGGUCUUCUAAUGAACUGACAGGGUUCAAAUGUAUUAACCACUAUAGUUCAGGGAGAAAUGUGAAUUAUGAAUUGGUUAUUACAAUAAUUCGGUGCAGUGGGUGUAUGAUUUUUGGAGGAAUUUAUUAUCUGUGUAAUAUGUGUGGAAGAGUGAGUGCUUGUACCACCUGGCAAGUAAAGUUCUUUAAGGUUACGCCUCUAUCUCCAGGAGAACAGUUUUUCUUUGAAAAUAUUUUAAGCGACUGGAUUUGAUUUUGGACAUCUAAAGGUGAGAGUGCUUUAAGUUAAAGGAAGGGGUGCUUGCCAAAAUCCUGCAGCUAAUGAACAGUCAGCUGAUGGAAGUACAGACAGAUUCUGAAGAGCCAGGAAGUGUUCAAGUGUCUACCUCCCAUCACAGCAACACUGCGUAAUAGAAUGAUGCCCAAGAACUGUGCCGAGAUACAAUACGUCUGUUCUCGUGUCAACCUGUACUACAACUGUAGAAUCGAAUUAAAGUGGAAGAGGUCUCUACACCAUUGUGAAAAAUGUGAUUUAAGGAGUGAUUUUAAGGGAUGGGGGACUCAGUGUGGUGCUAUUCACUACGGGCGGUGUACACCUGUGACAUUUCCGUUUCCUCAGAACUAUAACAGACGGAAAGGAAACUCCCAGAAUGCCUGGAUACCCGUGGCUAAAGUAUCUCCGACGAGACCUUCCGACUUCUCCCAGCAGACCAUUCCGCAACAUUUAAAUCUGCCAAAUUCUGCCAAGGAAAGCAAAAAGGAUGCUUUACCGCUCGAUUACAACGAUUCGGCCUCACAACCCAGGGAAAGUCCAAAUGAACCGGACAAGGAAAAUACAAACUUAUCAUCCUUUAUCACCGCGAGUCCCACCGUGAAAACCGUACAUGGUGCCAAGGAACCAGAGAAAAGCAAGCGGCGGGAAAACAAGAUCCAGCUUUACAACAGUCUGAAUAACGUGAAGAUUCCGCAGUUUUAUCAUCCAUACGGUAAACCGGCGACCAACCAAAGGAAAGAAGAUAGCCUCCAGAGGGCUGUGCAGGAAAUAGGCAAACUGGAGGAUGGGAAAGCAUUUAAACAACACAUGAAAACCAUCACGAAGGCCUGUAAUCUGCCGAUGUACUGGAAAGCGUUACUGUUUCAUGCCAGUGGAGGGGACAAAUUAGGUUACAUCACCAAAGAGAGCUUCACCUCUAUGUGGAAAAAAGUUUUUCUCCCUUGCCAUGACGAGGCCGCCCAAUUUGUGAAGCUGGCAGCUAAACAGAACUGUAAUUAUCUAGAGGAGGAUGACUUUUUCAAUCUUAUACAGGAUGUAGUGGAUUCACACCCAGGACUCACUUUUCUCCUGGAUGCUCCAGAAUUCCACUCCAGAUACAUCAAUACAGUUAUAGCCCGGAUCUUCUAUAGCAUCAAUCGGUCCUGGUCUGGAAGAAUAACCAUAAGUGAACUCAGGAAAAGUAAUUUCUUACAGACUCUGGCCCUGUUAGAACAAGAAGACGACAUCAAUCAGAUUACGGAUUUCUUUUCCUAUGAACAUUUCUAUGUGAUUUACUGUAAAUUCUGGGAGCUAGACAAGGAUCACGAUCUGUACAUCAGCAAAGAAGAUUUAGCUCGUCAUAACGAUCACGCUUUAUCAUUAAAAGUUAUAGACAGAAUAUUUUCUGGAUCUGUGAUCAAGGGCACUAACUUAAAAGAUGGACGGAUGAGCUACCCUGAGUUUGUCUGGUUCUUAAUGUCUGAAGAGGAUAAAAAACAUCCUACAAGCAUUGAGUACUGGUUUCGCUGUAUGGAUUUAGAUGGGGAUGGUGUUAUUUCUAUGUAUGAAAUGGAAUAUUUUUAUGAUGAACAAAUGCAGAAGAUGGAAUCCUUAGGAAUAGAAAAACUUCCUUUUGAAGAUUGCCUAUGCCAGAUGCUGGAUCUUGUGAGACCAAAAAUUUUGGGGAAAAUAACUCUGUCUGACCUCAAAAGCUGCAAAAUGGCCAACAUCUUCUUUGAUACAUUUUUCAAUCUUGACAAAUUUUUGGAUCAUGAACAAAGAGAUCCUUUUGCCAAUGCCAGGGACUUUGACAGUGAUGUUAGUGAGCCCUCAGACUGGGAGAAGUAUGCAGCAGAGGAAUACGAGAUACUGGUGGCAGAGGAGGGGUCUAAUGACCAGGAGGAGAUACAUUAUGAAGAUGAUUUUGAGCCUGACGACGAGGAACUGAUUAACCAAGAACUAAAAAGAGUUCAGCAGACUAACUCAGCCCAGUUCCUGGGGGGUGGGGAUUCUGGUGCCAGGGACGAGGAUAUUUACGACUUUUCCACAGAUAAUCUGGGAUAUUAAAUGGAUUCUGCAGACUUUGAAGCUCUUUCUUUAUACCUGUGAUAUGUCUCAAGUUUUCUGGGAGGCACUGUAAACUGAGGACAAUCCAUUACAUGUACGUUAUUGAAUGUGAGGCAGUAUUUCAUCUCCAAAUACAAUUGUUACAAUAUUAUAUAUACAAAGUGAAAAAAGGAGGUAUUCUGUAUUUGACUUUGAUAGUUGAAAUACAUGUACAUUGUAUUCAUCUCUGAGUUUUUAAUUAAAUAGUUGAAUCAUUUCAUAUCAGAGAUUAUUUGUUAAAUUAUUUCAUAUGUGAUGUGAUGUUUAAACUAUUGAAGUUCUCAUGUCAGUGUUCAAACAUAUUUUAUGAAGCUAGCAGUUGAAGUAUUAAUUAUUUGUUAAAAUUUUUUUCUGUAUCUCAUGCUAGAGACCUAUACAUGUAGUAGUUGGAGUAAAGUAUGACAAACAGCUUGAUCUACCGUGACCAGUUAGAUAAAUUCAUAAGUCUGCACGAGUCAUCUUCUGCAUUUUGUAUUUUCACAAAGUUUGUUAGUCUGGUCAUUGUUUGAAUGUUAAAAACACAUUUUACUUAUAAAUCCAUUUCAAUUUAAUUUAUUUUAUUUAUUGAUAUAUUCCGUAUAAUCUAUGCAUUUUGCUGUGAUGUUUGUAAUAAACAUUAGGUAUGAAAGCCUGUCACAGGAAAUAAGAUUUUUG